AUGGCGGCCGACCUCUUAUACGGCCUCGACAUCGAAGACGGCGAAUCCCGGGAAUUCCUCAAGUCCCUCAUCGUGUCCGGGCUGGUGCCGAGGGAAGAAAUGAAGCGGCUCUACGAAGCCAGCCUCAUGCAGGGCGUCGAGGAAUGGUACAUGCUCGUCAACUGCGCGACGUCGAUCAGGAACGAGGCGGUCUCGCGGGCCGGGUUAGCGGACGGUGACGAAGGUGACCCUGGAGUGGUGCCGUAUGUCGCCUACGUGCUCUCCGGGAAAGCGGCCGAGGACCAGGCCCGGCGGUCAGCCGAGCCUCGGCGCCGGGAGGGGAGGUCCAAGUCCUCGUCCAAGAGGCGGCGGACUGGGACUGUGUCUCGGUUCUGGGAAGACAGCCCGGUGGUGCCGGCUAGGGUAGGGCCGUCGGCUGAUGCUCGGCGACAACAGGGGCCAGCCCACGAUGUCCAGGAUGGAGGAGAUGGGCUCGGCGAAGCAAUAACACCGGGUUCUCCGCCUGCUAAAAGAAAGCGGAGGAGGAAAUCAAGUAUAAGGGAAGAACAGAGCGCGGAAAGCAAUUGCGAAGUCACGAUGCCGAGAGGGAGACAACAUGGCCCCCUUACAGAGACUGCGGAUCCCACGCUAAUAUCGAAUGGAGACGACCCAAGCUUACUGCUCGAGAUCAAGGUAGAGGACGACGGGGGAGUGCCAUGGGACAUACCCGCCGACAUAUCCCGGCCGAGACAGCUCGUCACCAAGUCGCCAUACUUCAGCCCCCAAGCCUCCCCGGCCAAGAAGGCGCGCCCCCGACGCGGGACAAUCUCGAGCCUCCCGAUCCCGCCGCUCUCGGCCCCGCGGUUCGGUCUCAUCCAGGAGGAACUGGCGGACGACCCGUUCCGGCUCCUCGUGGCGGUGACGCUGCUCAUCCGCACGACCGGCAGGGCGGCCAUCCCGGCGUUCCGGCGCCUCGUGGACCGGUUCCCGACCCCGGCGUCGCUCGCGGCCGCCGAGCCGGCCGACGUCGUCGAGGUCAUCCGCCACCUCGGCCUGUCGGCCGUCCGAUGCGCGGCCCUGCAGAGGUACGCGGGGCUGUGGGCCGCGCGGCCGCCGACGCGAAAUGUCAGGUACGGCGUGAAAAACUACCCCCGGCCCGGCGACGGCCGUGGGGUGACGGCGCGUGGCGAGUAUGGGCCGGAAGCAGAGGAUGGUGAUGGUGAUGGUGGCGGUGAAGGUAACGGCGACGGCGACGGCGACUGCGACUCUACGGCUGAUGUGCCCCGGAGGGAGGCACCGGCUUCUGCGUGGGAGAUCGGCCAUCUCACGCAGGGCCCCUAUGCCAUAGAUUCGUGGCGCAUAUUCUGCCGCGACGUGCUCCUCGGCCGGGCCGAGGACUGGACGGGCAAGGGGCGGGAGUCGAUGUUCCGCCCUGAGUGGAAGCGCGUCCUGCCGGCCGACAAGGAGCUGAGGGCGUGCUUGCGGUGGAUGUGGAUGCGCGAGGGCUGGGAGUGGGAUCCUGUGAGUGGGGAGCGGGUCGUGCUCAGAGAGGAGAUGCGGAGGGCCGUGGAUGAGGGUCGGGUCGGGUAUGACGACAAUGGGGGGUUGGUGAUUCUAGACCAGCCACUGACGGAGUCGGAUGCCGUUGGAUGA